GAUAUGGCGUAAUGGAUUUGAAUGCGAGGAGGAAAAAUGCCACAAGAGAGAGCACGAACACGCUGAAGGCUUGGCUCCAUGAACAUCGCAAUAAUCCAUAUCCGACCAAAGGUGAGAAGAUAAUGUUGGCAAUCAUAACGAAGAUGACGUUGACACAAGUGAGCACGUGGUUUGCAAACGCGCGACGUCGCCUCAAAAAGGAGAACAAGAUGACCUGGGAGCCCAAAAACCGGGUCGACGUCGUCGAUGAAGACGUCGGUGACGAUCCAGAGUCGGAAGAAGACGACAAAAAAGACGAAAAACAGGAAAAGGAGGACAUAUUAGCUGACGGAAACUUCAUAAGGGGUGACAAGGAAUCGGCCGGAAAGAGGACAGAGAGGAAAGAGGUAACAGAUGAAGACGAAAGGGGCGAGGAGAAACGAGUCCCAAAGAUCUGGUCCCUGGCUGACACGGCCAGAAAAUCCAACGGCAGCAACAACAAUAACGUUAGCAAGCACAACAACAACCAUCAUCACCACCAUACUUCGGCAUCGGAAAGUAUGGUAUCGGGUAGUGGAAGUUUCACGUGGUUGCCUCCGCCGAUGCCUCCUCCUUCUCAUCAUGCAACGCCUGCUACUUUUUGGGGAUCUCCAAUCCAUGCUACUUACAGUGGAGUCCCUUCCCUUUCCAACCGAGCCUAUCAUCACCUCAUUUGUCCGCCGGAAUGACUCGUGUUCCGUUUAUAAAUGAACUCCAUCACGUUAUCAGAUGUCAUACGCUUAAUACGAGAUGGUCUCGAUAAAUUAUUGUGCCCUUGCAAUCCAGUACCAAAGAGACUUCAUCGUCGUCGUUUGUUUCCUCGUCUCCUGUCC